AUGGCCCCUUCCGCAGUAGAAGUCCUCCAAGCUUCACUCAUCAGCCCAUACAAGGAGCUGGCAACCAAGUAUGACGCAGAGGCUGAAGCGGGACUCAAAGACUACAAAGCGGCCAAGCACCCCCAUUACCUCCCAACCUGGGACCGCAAUGAAAAAUACCCGCCGCUCGAGCCCUUCGAGCACUACGAGCACGGCAAGGACGCCGACUCAUCGUACCCAAACCUGCUGCCCGAUGGAGUCGUCCAGGUCCGCGGCAUCCAGCUCAGCACGCUCAGCUCGGCGGGCAAGGACGAGUUGGCACGGUUCGUCGCCGAGCGUAAGGUUGUUGCCUUCCGUGACCAAGACUUUGCCGACCUUCCUAUUGAAAAAGCCCUUGAGUUUGGGUCGUAUUUCGGCCGCCAUCACAUCCACCCAACAUCAGGCGCGCCCACAGGCUAUCCCGAAAUCCACCUCGUACACCGCGGUGCUGGUGACGAAUCCAUCGAUAAAUACUUCACAAACCGCACGUCCACCGUUGCCUGGCACUCGGACGUGUCGUACGAGCAGCAGCCGCCCGGCACGACCUUCCUGUAUGUGCUGGACAAGCCGUCAACGGGAGGCGACACGCUCUUUGCCAACGCCGUCGAGGCCUACAACCGGCUCAGUCCGCUGUUCCAGCGGCGGCUGCACGGCCUAAAAGCGAGGCACUCGGCCGUCGAGCAGGCCAACGACAGCGUCCUGCGCGGUGGGAUCAAGCGGCGCGAGCCAGUUAUCAAUGAACAUCCUAUUGUCAGAACGCAUCCUGUGACCGGCGAGAAGGCAAUCUAUGUAAAUCCUCAGUUCACCCGCGACAUCGUCGGCCUGAAAAAGGAAGAGUCGGACGCAAUCCUCAAGUUCUUGUACGACCACCUCGCGUAUGGCGCCGACUUCCAUGCGCGUGUCAAGUGGGAGGAGCGCACCGUCGUGGUCUGGGACAACCGCGUGACCCAGCACUCGGCGCUGGUAGACUGGAAGGACGGGCAGCGUCGCCAUUUGGCUCGCAUCACCCCACAGGCCGAGAGGCCCUUCGAGACGCCGUUUGAGGCGUGA